GUAUGGCUGGCGCACUCGGCCAAAGCGGCUUGUGGAGCUCCAUCGCAACGAGGAAUAAAGCAACUUCUGUAUGACGCGGUCGGGAGGGUCCCACCUUGUUUUGUGCAGCGUCGGACCGAUGCGCUCGACACGGUGGCGAUGAAGAAGGACGAGGAGGAAGACAAAUAGGAGGACGUCGACGAAGAAGAAGGAGGAGGAGGAGGAGGCGCCGGCGAUGGAGGACGACGAGAAGGAGAAGGAGGAGGAGGAGGAGGAGGCAGAGGAGGAGGAACAAGCGGUGGAGGAGCAAGAGGUCACGACAACGGAGGGAGGAGGAGAAAGUUUAGAGGAGAAAAAGGAAGGAGAGGAGGAGGAGGAGGACGGCGGCGACGAGGAGGACGAGGAGUGGGAAAAGGAUGAAAAAGAAGAGGAGAAGGAAGAAGAGGAGGAAGAGGGAGAAGAGGAAAAGGAAAAAAAGGAAGAGGGUCCGACGAUGGAGGAGGAGCAGGAGGUGGAGGAGGAUUGGCGGGACAAGGAGGAAGAAGAAGUGGGGGAUGAGGAGGUCAUGGCGAUGGAGAAUGAUGAUGAGAAAGUCAAAGAGGAGGACGAAGAGGAGGACGACGACGAAGAAGGAGAAGGAGGAGGAGGAGGAGGCCCUGAUGGGGGUGAAGGUGGAAGAGACGACGACGACGGCGGCGGUGGCAUCGGGGGAGGAGGUGACCCCGACGAUGGUGGAGGAGGAAAUGGGGGUGGGACAGGGAUUGGCGGGACGAGGAGGAGGAAGAAGAAGCGAGGGAGGAGGAGGUCAUGGCGAUGGAGAAGGACGAGGAGAAAGACGAAGAGGAGGAUGACGACUAAGAAGGACAAGGAGGAGGUGGAGGAGGACAAGGAGGCCCCAACGAGGGUGAAGGAGGAAGAGGCGGUGACAUCGGGGGAGGAGGUGGAGGAGGUGGAGGAGAAGAGAUAACGAGGAUGGGGAGGAUAAUGAGGAGUAGGAGGAGGCCCCGACCAUGGUGGAGGAGGAGGAGGCCCCGACCAUGGUGGGGGAGGAGGAGGCCCCGACAAUGGUGGAGGAGGAGGAGGCCCCGACAAUGGUGGAGGAGGAGGAGGAGGAGUGGAAGGGGGCCGAACUGAUUGGCCACCCGAUUACUCCGCCAACCCUUCCGUUUUUUUUUUUCAAUCAAUCAAUCAAACAAUC